CGCAUACGAAGAGUGAAAAUAAAGUAAUUGUAUCGCAUUGUGACAUUAAAGAAGAGCUGGAACUUACAGCCAUGGAGAUGUUUAUUUACACAUUAUUCAUCGUUUUAAUCUGCCUGCUGGUACUAGGAACCUCAUUGGAUAUUCUUUUCAGAAAUAAACCAAAACGUGAUUUUCAUACAAAUAACAAGAGCGCAGCAAUAAAGGCAUUAUUAUGCUUUUCUGCAUACACAAACACCAUCAGACUUUUAAAGGUCGACGAAAAUCCAGAUACUCUACACAUAUUCCAUGGUCUUCGAGUUUUAUCAAUCACGUGGAUAAUAUGGAGUCAUUCAUAUCUUGUUGGCAGUCACCGAGCAUUUGAUGGAGCCUUUCGUAGCAUUAGCUUAGGAAAAGAGUUUAUCUUCCAAACUGUACCGUGUGGAUUUUUGGCGGUUGAAAACUUUUUCUUUAUGAGCUCAGUUCUUCUCUCAUAUAUUUGCGUAAGAAUGAAAGGAAAUAUCAAUAUACCAUCACUCUUCAUGAAGAGGUAUCUCAGGCUGACCCCAACAAUGAUGCUAGUUGUAGCUUUCUUUGCAAUUAUCGGACGUUUUGGAUCUGGACCUCUGUGGAAAGAAAUCAUUGUUGAUUCAUUGAGCAAGAACUGCUUAGAAAGAGGAUGGAUGAAUUUGUUUUACGUUAACAACAUUUUUUUCUCUCCAAAAAUGUGCUUAGCAUGGACUUGGUAUAUAUCUGCAGACACCCAAAUAUUUUUAGUGAGUUUAUAUAUCUGCACCAUCAUGAGAAGAUGGCCAGGAAGAGGAUUAUUCUUAGCUGGAUUGGUAAUAGUUAUGGGUGUUUUCCUAUCAGCAUGCUCUCAUCUAUAUUACAAGCUUCCUCCAACUUAUCUUCUUAACUAUUUGAAUCGCGAUGAUUGGUUUUUUUAUCUUGCCAAAGGAUACACCCCAGCUCAUUUUCACAUCCCUGUUAGUGCUGUUGGAUUAAUUGUUGGUUACAUCUUGGCGACAAAAAGAGGCCACAUACCAAAACUGAUCAAUGCCAUAGGAUGGUUUUUGUCAUUUAUGACAUUCCUUAGUAUAAUGAUUUUGACUUAUAAGUGGAACCAGGGAACAGAACAUCAAUCAGGCCUCUUUGUUUCAACUUUAUAUGGCUGCACUCAUAGACUGGCCUGGACUCUGUGUCUAGCGUUUAUGACAUUAUCCUGUACUUGGGGACAAGGCGGAAUCAUCAAUGGUAUUCUGAGUUGGGAAGGCUUCGUACCAUUCGCAAGAUUGAGUUACUUGGUGUACCUAGUUCAUUAUGGUCUUGUACGCAUUUAUACCGGUUCCAUAAGGCAGUCAAUGCUGUUAGGACAUCGGACUAUGAUCUUCAUAUUUUUCAACAACAUGAUCCUCAGUUUCUUGACAGCUUUUAUGCUAGGUUUAGUCUUUGAAUCGCCUUUAAUGGCAUUAGAGAAAGCAUUCUUAGAUGGAAAACUGAGAAAAGAAAUUAUGCCAGUCAAUGCAGUAAAUGGAAUUGUUAUUAGGAAGAAAUCUGAAUGAAUAUUGAAUUGUGUGAAUAUGACGAAUAUAAUUUUAAAAGACGUCUUCAUUUGAGAAGUGCGUGUUAAUUCUUCAUUCGUGCUGUCUUAAAGGCAAUAAAUCCAUUGUUGACUUUCAAGCUGUUUUAACAUAUGAUAUUCUAUCUAUCAUUAACUAUUUAUUGAAUAAA